GUACCCCCUGAUCUGGUCCUUUUGUGCCUUGCUGCUCUGCGUGGCAGAUGCCAUCGAGCUGACAGACAUGUUUGGGGAGAUCCAGUCUCCCAACUUCCCUGAUUCCUAUCCCAGCGAUUCAGAAGUGACAUGGAACAUCUCUGUGCCCGAUGGAUUUAAAGUCAAGCUUUACUUCAUGCAUUUUGACUUGGAGUCAUCCUACCUCUGUGAAUAUGACUAUGUGAAGAUCGAAGCUGAGGACCAGGAGCUGGCAAUCUUCUGUGGCAGGGAGACGACAGACACAGAGCAGGCUCCUGGCCAGCAAGUGAUCCUGUCCCCGGGGCCCUACAUGGGGCUGACGUUCAGGUCUGACUUCUCCAACGAGGAACGCUUCACCGGCUUUGACGCCCAUUACACCGCUGUGGAUGUGGAUGAGUGCUUGGAGAAGAGUGACGAGGAGCUGGCAUGCGACCACUACUGCCACAACUACAUCGGCGGGUACUACUGCUCCUGCAGGUUCGGCUACAUCCUCCACUCCGACAACAGGACCUGCAAAGUGGAGUGUAGUGACAACCUCUACACCCAGAGAAGUGGGGUGAUCACCAGUGCUGACUUCCCCAGCCCCUACCCCAAGAGCUCAGACUGCCUGUACCGCAUCGAGCUAGAAGAGGGUUUCUUCAUCACCCUAAGCUUUGAGGACAGCUUUGAUGUGGAAGACCACCCUGAGGUGACCUGUCCCUACGACUACAUCAAGAUCAAAGCUGGCCAUAGGGAGUUUGGCCCUUUCUGUGGAGAGAAGUCCCCAGGACUCAUUGAAACCCAAACCAACAGUGUGCAGAUCCUGUUCCACAGUGACAACUCGGGAGAGAACAGGGGCUGGAAGCUGUCAUAUACAGCAAUUGGAAACCCAUGUCCACUGGUGCAACCACCGAUCAAUGGGAAGAUAGAGCCUUCCCAAGCCAAGUACACUUUCAAAGACCAGGUUGUCAUCAGCUGCAACACUGGAUACAAAGUACUGAAGGAUAACCUGGAAAGCGACUCCUUCCAGAUCGAGUGUCUAAAGGACGGGACAUGGAGUAACAAGGUCCCUAUCUGCAAAA